CCUGCAUGUGCCGACAAUAUGGCAGCGCCCAUAGCGAUUCACCUGGAGUUUAGUGGUGGAGCGGAGCUGCUUUUUAAUGGUGUGAAGGAACAUCAUGUGACUCUUCCUAGCCAAUCCGAACCUUGGGACGUGAAGCAGCUGCUGGUCUGGAUCCAACGGAACCUGCUGAAGGAACGGCCCGAGCUCUUUGUCCAGGGAGACUCUGUGAGACCUGGGAUACUGGUGCUUAUCAAUGAUGCAGACUGGGAGCUAAUGGGGGAGCUGGACUACCACCUACAAGACCAGGACAACGUUGUGUUUAUUUCUACUCUUCAUGGAGGAUAGCAAAUAAAUGAGGAGUACACAGUCCCAUGUCCUUCUCUGUAACAGCCUUUUCUCCACAUAUUCUGCACUCUUCACUGCCCGCCCCCCCCCCCCCCCCACACACACACACACACACAUACACACAUCUCAACAACACACCACCCUAUUGGUGGCUGUGGACGUGUCAGCCUGCACUGUGAGGUCUAACUGGGAUCGAUGUUUGGUCCACAGGAAUAAGUGAAAAUUCAGAGAUGAUUACGAUGAAAAAUGGGAAUUUUGCUUUUUGAAAUCAAACUGCACGGGGUUAAAGGUCAGCAUAUGAAGCUCUGGUUACUCGCCAACUAACAGGUGUAUGUGUAAACACCUGCAUGUUGGUGUUUAAACUUCAUCUCCCUGCUUCUCCAAUUCCAUGAUGACCAUGACAUCCAGAAAGACUGUAUCUUAAGGUCUCCAAUGACCUCCAGGAAUAUAUGAUAAAACGUUACACUUUGCUUAAACAAUUAUCAUUUCUAAGCAGUAUAGAAACAUUUCACAACAUUUUUAUAAGGAAAUUGGUAUUUUUUUCAUUUGUCAACUUUGAUCAUUUCUCCUAUGAUUUUUUGUAUCUGUUUUACAAUAAAAACAUGUAUUUAUACACUAAA